GUUCAUCACUCUUUCAGUGACAGGGUGACAUGGUGCUGCUCCUUUCCCUCAUCUUUACACUCUUUCUGGAGGUUCAGCCUCAAGUUCAGAAAGACUCAAGCACAGCACUGAGACAUGAUGAACGAGAAACACUGUCUCAUUUGAAUCAGAAUGAGCGGCCAAACAUUAAAGUUGUGUCUGAUUCUGAAAAUGGUGAAUUUAGAGUUCUCUGUGAAAUACCAGGAUCAGAUAACGGUGGUUAUAUUUGUUUUCUGUCUCUUGGAGAUGAAUAUCCACAAUUUAAAAAGAUACAGUCUCAUGUACUGUCUGGAAAAACACAGUGUCUUUUUACAGUCUUGGAUUAUGAAUUUUCAAAUAAUCUGAAGUCACUCGAGAAUAAAGUAGUGAGCUGCAGUUAUUCUUCAAAAAACACAUCAUCCAAACUAUCAUAUAGUGAAAAGUUCGGCAUAACAGAUUUUUAUCCUGUGAAAAUUCAGUCACCACAAACAACAAAGGGAACAUUAACAGCUCUGGCUACAGAAUCCAGUACUUGUUCUGAGACCACAACAAACCUUCCAACUGAUCUUUUUCCUGUAAAAAUUCAGUCACCACAAACAACAAAGGGAACAUUAACAGCUCUGGCUACAGAAUCCAGUACUUGUUCUGAGACCACAACAAACCUUCCAACUGAUCUUUUUCCUGUAAAAACUCAGGCACCACAAACAACAAAGGGAACAUUAAAUUCAACAUCAACUUUCUCUAUAAAUACUACAACAAUAGAGUCAAAAACAGCUCUGGCUACAGAAUCCAGUACUUGUAAUGAGACCACUAUAAACCCUCCAACUGAAUCUACUCAUCUGUCACAACUCAAUGCCACAUGGAGCAUGACAGCAGUUCUCGAAGUUUCAACUCCUGGUGAAAAUGCUUUUGAUAGAACAUCAAGAAAAAAAACAGGGCUCAUCCUGACACUGGCAGCCACAAGCUCAGGGAUUUUCCUGACCGGACUCAUGGGCAUCUUUCUGUGCUGCCUCAGACUGCAAACAAGGAAGAAGAGAUGAAACUGAUUCCAAAGUUCAACGUUCUGAAGAAAAUGAGAAGAAGCUGUACCAUGUUUACUGCACCAUCCCUGAUGUCGCUGCAGACAGUCAUGAGUUAUACAGUCUGGCACAAAUGCCAAAACAUCCUCUGCCAGUUUAAUUUUUAUUCCAUCAUAUUACAAUAAUUAAACUAAUUGACAUUAAAAGAGAAUGGGAAUGUUUCA